AUGACAACGAUUCCACGAAGAAAGACAAGCUUUCACAUCUGCAAGUGUGGAUAUCCGACUUCAAAUCUUACUUCAUGGACUAAGCAGCAUCCCAGGAGAAGAUUUCAAGCUUGCCAAUUCUACGAGCAAGAUACUGAUAGCAGGGGUUGUGACUUUUUCAAAUGGGUGGACAUUGAAAUGACUGAAUGGCAAAAAGAUGUGACUAAUUCACUAAUGGCUGAUGUGAACAUGCAAAAGAUUGAGUUGAGGAUGCUAAAGAUGGAAUUGGCCGAUGUGAAAGGUGAAAAAGGCUGCCUUGAACUUGAGAAUCAAGCACUCAAACAUCAAUUGACAGUAAUGAAGAAGCAUGGACUCAUGCUCCCUGCAUUUUACUGCAUACUAGUGUUUGUGGUUGUUGUUGUUAUUCUGUUUAGGUACUUUUGA